AUGAGCCUAGAUUCCAGCAAUAAAGAUGAUGGACACAAUAAAACAUCUGUAAAUGAAUUUAUUCUCUUGGGAUUGCUACACCUCUCCAAUUUCAAAUCAAUUUUGUUUGUCAUUUUCUUCACCAUCUUUCUCAUGACUAUGGUAGGAAACAGCCUUAUCAUUACAGCUAUCCGAAUGGACCCUUAUCUGCAUACGCCCAUGUAUUUUUUUCUGGCUAACCUUUCCAUCCUGGAAAUGUGCUACACAUCUAUCACAUUACCAAACGUAUUGCUUGACAUAUUACAAAGCAGCACUGUGAUCUCCUUUAUGGGCUGCAUGGUUCAGGUCUGUCUUUUUACACUUUGUGCUACAGUAGAGUGCAUCCUCUUGGCUGCUAUGGCUUGUGACCGAUAUGUAGCGAUUUGUAGGCCGCUGCAUUACACUAGCAUAAUAAACAAAAUGGUGUGUAUAAAUUUAGCAUUAUUUGCUUGGGCGAAUGGAGUUUUUAAUUCAACAGUUCAAACUAUUUUGACAUCUCGUCUCCCAUUUUGUGGGGCCAAUUCAAUAGACCGCCUCUACUGUGAGGUCCAACCACUCAUUCGAUUAUCGUGUGCAGACACUCAACUGAAUGAUAUUCUGGCUACUAUUUCUGCUGCUGUAUUUGGGGUAAGUUGUCUGGUCUUUAUCCUCACAUCUUAUGUGUUCAUCAUCUCGGCCAUCCUGAAGAUCCCAAGUAGAGAGGGUAGACGCAAAGCCUUUUCUACAUGUGCCUCUCAUAUAACAGUGGUUAUCCUAUAUUAUGGUGCUCUCAUAUUUAUGUAUCUCCUACCUAAAUCUAGCACCUCGCAAAAGCUGGACACUGCAGUCUCAAUGAUUUACUCUACAUUAACCCCUGUACUAAAUCCAAUAAUUUACAGUUUGAGGAACCAGCAAGUCAAAGAAGCUCUAAAGAAAACAAUGAAAGGAAAUUUAUGUGCAAGUUGGGCAGUAUGA